AUGCCUUCUUACGCUAUCACUGGCGCUACAAGAGGCUUGGGCCUUGAGCUCGUCAGGCAGUUUUCCAGCAACCCAUUCAACACUAUCUUCGGCAUCGUCCGCGACCCCGACAACGCCAUUAGUUUGAUCUCGCUCACCAAGGUUAACCCCAAUGCGCACAUUAUUAAAGGCGACGUGGGAAACCUCGAGCUGCUCGCCGGCGCCGCCACCGCCGUCUCUAAGGUCAUGGGUGGUGGGUUAGACAUCCUGAUCCAAGCUUAA